AAACCAAACCCCUAAACUCUCGAGAAGACAAACCAUGAGUUUGCACAUGCUAGAAAAGAGCUCACAAAAUUCCCCUCUUCAAGGUUAAAUUAAUAAUGCCCAGCACAACGAAUCUAAUCCCAAAUCACGGUUAUUGUAUGGUCACAAGACGGAGCUCCGUGGCUUCUUUAUGUCUCCAUUUCCGUAAUGAAAGUGAAGAUUGUUGGAAGGCUCUCCCAACAAACUGCUGUUGCUUCCUAUGAGUGAAAUUGUAAUGGAAGCCAAGCUGAACAUUGGCUACAGAUAUUAUAGUUGUUCAGAGAGUCAAUUGAAGCUUGUCAAUCAUGGGAGGAGUCUUCCAAGAAGGGGACGCAUUUUUUCUUCUUCUUUCACUCUAACCUUACCUAUUAUAAAGUCCAGCACAACCUCGCCCAUUUCUAAAUUCAGCACAUUGUCACCAAUAAUUAAGUUCAACACCAAUUUCCAGUGCAAACGUAUUUCAGCUGUGGCGGACAAGGUGGACGAUCAAGAAACGUUUUCUACCAAUUCAGUGGCAAAGCUUGUUGCAAUUGUUGGAGGUGAGAGUACGAGUCCUUUGAAGAAUGUGCCGUGGGAAGACGUUCUGAUCCAUACGGCAGCAAAACUCAAAUGGAUAGACGAAGGAUACAAUUUACAUGUGCUUACAGAGAGUAUUUUGACUAAACAAGAAAAAGAGGCCGAGCUGGUUCUAGCUCAAACUGAUAUUUUGAUCAUAAUUAAUGUCCAGCAUCAAGAUUCUGUCAAGUGGGUUUUACAAAACACUGAAGUGAUUCCUACCAUUGUCUGCUUUGAUUGCUGCCCCGCCCUUCAAAACAAGUUAGGAGGACUAAAGGUCUCAAACAAUAAUCAGACCAUGAUUGAGAAAUUUCUCCCUUUGGGGCAAGGAAAACAGAUUAAAGAGUCUCUUGAAGUACUAAGAACUGUACAAGAGGCAUGGGGUCGAAACAACAGUGAUGACAUUUGGUUCUCCCUACUUUUACUGAUCAAUUCAUAUAUAAGACCAGUACCAGUAUUGCAAAACUUGCGUGCAAAAGGAUUCUCAACUCUCUAUUGUAUGAUAAAGAAUUGUCGUACUCAAUUGGUAGAUUGUCUUCUAGAUCCCAACUGCAGAGAAGCUCUUGUUUGUCUCAAUAAGUGUGCUCCAACUGAUCAGGUAUGCAAUUAUCGUUGCAUUGCAUCAUAUGAGAGCCCCAAAUUUGAAGCCUUUUCUCUAUGUGUGUUACAAAAACACAACUGUCUUGGCUUAAAUGCUGAAAUCCCAGUGAAACCCAAUGUUCAACCUCUUUCCUUUUUCAGAGGUAGUCCCCUGACCCAUGAGGUUGCAGAAGACCUUUUUGUUGGAUGGUUAGGGAAAUUAAAUUCAAGUUGGCGUGUGGUAGCUGGCCAAAAUCCUGCAUAUGAUCAGUUUCCUUGCCAAUAUCAACUCUUCUAUCGAGGUAAAGCAAAACGGACAUUUUGGUAUGAGCCAGUAUUUCAAGUCAAAACCUUGGAUGGGCAGUUGAUUUGGAGACGAAGGCGAUACAGGGUUAAAAGGGAAGAUAUUCCUGGAACUUUUAUAUUCACUGUUUUAGAUAAUGGAGUUGUCUCAAGAGAGUUUUGGAGAAUCGUAGAUGUUACAGAUGAUUUAAGCUGGGCCUUGUUCUAUUACGGUGGGGCUGCUCAGGCAGCAGGGCAAUCUUAUAGAGGGGCAAUUCUUGUCACUCCAGAUGGAAUCUGGCCUUCUAAAAAUGAGGCACAAAGAAUAAAUUCUGCUUUGGAAAGAUGUGGAAUCAAAGACUGGGAAUUGUUUGGAGUUGAUAAUACAUGUUGUACUAAUGCUCCAUUAGGCAUACCUGAAGGCUCAAGUUUGCAUGUCACGCUUCAAUUGAGAGAUUCCAAUGUUUUGUCAUGCGAAUGAUUAUAAUUGAGAAAUAUCUGACCAUAGUAGGUGCAAAAGUAAUAUCUUCAUUGGCAUGCAAUUUCUUUCUCUCUAUCUACAGUUGUUACGGAGAGGAUAUAGUGGAAUAUCAAAAGCCAGCUCAGUUCUAUGAAUCUGAAUUUUGAUGGUAGAAAAAACUUGAUGGCCCUUCCGUAUAGAUUGGAUGUGGAUAUUAGCAUGAACAAGCGGCUUAAAUGGCCAUAGAAAACAUGUCAUAAGCCACAGAUGUUACUCCAUUUUUUUUUAUGCAAAUCCAAGGUAAAGGGUGUCUUUGUGUCUGGACUCUGUAUACAGAAAUAAUGUGAUGACUUCUGGCAGUUGUGAAUCUAAUGAGAACUUAAAAAGCUGAAAAUUUAGUGCAAUGCUGGAUGGCUAAUCUGCAAAAUGAAACUGAACGAUGAAAUUUCUCCUCGUGAAUAAUAUAUAGAUACCUUAUUGCUUG